AUGGAGAGCAAACGCCAUCAAACUUCUAUAAGUCUUCUCGGACUUGAAUCAAAAACUUUUUUUCCGCCUCCCGCUCGCAUUAAGUCUAAAAAAUCUCAAUCUCUUACACCACCCUUGAAGAGUAAAAAUUUUUGUUUAUAAUCAAGGGCUAUUUUGAUUUCAAAAUAUAUUAAAUUCUUUAUAAAAAAUUAUUUUUAAAUAUUUAAAAUAAAAAUUCUAUCUUUAAAAAUGCGAAUAGUUCAAAAUUUAAUAGAAUUAGCCGAGAUUUUAUUAUAGCACACCCCUCGUGGUUGCUCGCCAUUAAGUGCCCCCUCCCCAUAUCACUGACCCCCUGAUGGUCCUGACAAUUUUAAAUGUUAAAUAAUUAUUUGACAAGUCCCCCUCAAAUAUAUUUUAACUUGUCAAAUGAAUAUUUAACAUGUUAAAAUAUUUGGGACCGUUAGGGGAUGCUCAGGGCCGAUCCAAAGCGGGUGUAAGCUAUAUUAUAGUCCUAAAUUUUAUAUAUCAUAUUAUUAUAUGUAUACAUAAAAAAAAUAUUUUGCUCCCUAACUAAGUGUGGCUAAUCCCUAAAACAAGGAAUUUUAAUAAUUUUUCUUGCAAACUAAAAGACGAGUCAGCAAUUUCCGAUCAUUUUUCAAAUCCAAAAAAGAUCAUCCUUCCAAUGAAAAUUUUCCAAGUUCUGAACUAUUCCCAAAAACUGGCUCAGAAAUUUCAAAAAAGUCUAACCUCGAUAAUCACACCUCAAACCCUUCAUCAGAAAUAAUAAUCGAAUGCACUCACGAAUAUACCCGAAUUUUCAACAAUAAGCUGUCAGAAAUGAUGGACUAUCACAAGGAAACAAUCUUAAAACUAAUAAACGACGACCCUCUUGACGGUAAUCAAGACUUCUAA